GCGAAUAGCGGAACAUUCCAUUCUCGAGUGCCGAGCGAGAUGAGAUCCGCGAAGGGCCCGGCCGGGCGUCCGACGGUGCUUGCUCUCCUCGGCGCCGCCCUCGUCUUCACCGUCAUCGUCCUCACGAUCCAGUCCGCCUUCUUCACCGGUGGUCCGAGUUCCGACCCUAACCGCGGCGAGAUCCAUAUUCUCUCCGGGUUCCAAUCCGCUGUCCAGCAAUGCGUGGCAAACAGAGGACUUGGGCUUACUGCAGAAAUCAUUGACCACUGUAAAUUGGUUCUUAAAUUUCCAGAAGGCACAAAUAGUACCUGGUACAAUGAGCAAUUCAAAAUUUUUGAGCCACUGGAGUACAAAUAUGAUGUCUGUGAGGCUAUCCUGCUGUGGGAACAGUACCGGAAUAUGACAACAGUAUUGACAAGAGAAUACCUAGAUGUUCGGCCUGAUGGAUGGCUAGACUAUGCAGCAAAAAGGAUUGCACAGUUAGGUGCAGAUAAAUGUUACAAUCAUUCUCUUUGUGAAGAACAUCUUAAGUUGAUCUUGCCAUCAAAUCCUCCUUUCCAUCCACGCCAAUUUAAGACAUGUGCGGUUGUUGGAAAUUCAGGGGAUCUCUUAAAGACAGAAUUUGGUGAAGAGAUUGACAGUCAUGAUGCUGUUAUCAGAGACAAUGAAGCUCCUGUUAAUGAGAAAUAUGCAAAGUAUGUUGGUUUAAAGAGGGAUUUUCGCCUUGUAGUGAGAGGUGCUGCACGUAAUAUGAUUCCCAUUCUCAAUGGAUCAUCGGAUGAGGUACUGAUAAUAAAAAGUGUGACACAUAGAGACUUCAAUGCCAUGAUAAAGAUGGUUCCAAAUCCUGUCUAUCUUUUCCAAGGCAUAGUGCUGAGAAGGGGUGCCAAGGGAACUGGAAUGAAAUCUAUAGAACUAGCACUUUCCAUGUGCGAUGUUGUCAACAUAUACGGUUUUACAGUUGAUCCCGGCUACACAGAAUGGACUCGCUACUUCUCAACUCCAAGGAAAGGGCACAAUCCAUUACAAGGAAGAGCAUAUUAUCAACUUCUUGAAUGCCUUGGUGUUAUCAGAAUCCAUUCUCCAAUGAGAGCUAGCAGGAAGGACUGGUCAGACGUGCCCAGCAGGGAAAUGAUAAGAACUGCUCAUGCUGCCGCUCUGAGUCUGAAAAAGACUCAAGCUGGGCAGCCUGCUGACUUGGGGCCAUUUAGCAGCUGCAAAGUUUGGGGUACAGCUCGCCAUGGCGGCCCAGUUUCAGGAUCCCCGGACAUGAGUGAUACAAGAAAACAUUCAAAUUACAAUAAGUGGGAGGUCCUACCUUUCACGGACCUGAGAAAGGAGGCACAAGAACAUUUCAUUCAGAUGGACGGCGCUUCUCUGUACAAGAUGGAUGGUAAUAAAUUGGAUGAUCUAGUAUGUGUCAAGCAUUCCUUGCCAUCGAAAGAUUGAAAUGGUUUUGAUCUAGUUCAUGUUUGAUUGCAAUGCAUGACUGCGGAAUCAGAGAAAUCCAUGAUGAAAGACUGCUAUCCUUCACUGGAGGAUAGAUUUGCACCGUAUACCUUUCAUGGAGAUGUAAGUCAUUGUUGUUUCCUUUUCGGAGAUUGCCAUUCUUGGUGGUUGCAUGUUUUAUAGAAAAAAGAUGUACUUGUGAUGGAUUAGGGUUUGUCAAGUUUCUUGAGA